UGACUUUAUCCUAGCGUUUCUGGGCUGCUGCAGCUGGCCUCCGGCAGUGCAAGGCGAGGAGGGCUGGGAGACGGGAGAUGACGGGGGUUUCCUCCCUGAAUGACUAUCUGCGAGCAUCGGCUCCCUCCUCCUCGCAGCCCCGGGGCUGCAGAAGUGGCAGAGAUUUGGCUGGAGUUGGAGAGUGAGAGAAAAUGAAUUCCUUUUCUGAUUUACCUGUAGAGAACGUCACCAUAGCAGUCAAUAUGUCCACGAGUUUGCCUGAAACAGAAGUGCAUGGAUUGAAUUCCACUAGUGACCCACCUUCAAUGUCAGUAACAAGGCUUUUUCCAGCCUUACUAGAAUGCUUUGGCAUAGUCCUUUGUGGCUACAUAGCAGGAAGAGCCAAUGUCAUAACAUCAACACAGGCCAAAGGAUUAGGAAAUUUUGUCUCCAGAUUUGCACUUCCAGCUUUAUUAUUCAAAAACAUGGUUGUACUUAAUUUUUCCAAUGUGGAUUGGUCUUUCCUAUAUAGUAUCUUGAUUGCCAAAGCUACUGUAUUUGUCAUUGUCUGUGUAUUAACUUUAUUGGUUGCCAGUCCUAAUAGUCGAUUUAGCAAAGCUGGACUUUUCCCUAUUUUUGCUACACAAAGUAAUGAUUUUGCAUUGGGAUAUCCUAUAGUUGAAGCUUUAUAUCAAACUACAUACCCAGAAUAUCUGCAGUACAUUUAUUUGGUGGCGCCAAUAUCUCUUAUGAUGUUAAACCCUAUAGGGUUUAUCUUCUGUGAAAUCCAGAAGUGGAAAGACUCUCAAAAUGCUUCUCAAAACAAAGUAAAAAUUGUGGGACUUGGACUUCUGCGUGUAUUACAGAAUCCAAUAGUAUUUAUGGUCUUCAUUGGAAUUGCCUUCAAUUUUAUUCUUGAUAAAAAGGUGCCGGAAUAUAUGGAAAAUUUUCUUGAUGGACUUGCGAAUUCUUUUUCUGGAUCAGCCCUAUUUUAUCUUGGUGUUACAAUGGUAGGAAAAAUAAAGAAACUGAAGAAGUCAGCAUUUGUUGUAUUAAUUCUUCUCAUCACAGCUAAACUCCUGGUGCUGCCACUUUUGUGCAGAGAAAUGGUGGAAAUCUUGGACAAGAGCAACAGUGGGGUCAACCAUACAAGUUUGUCAAACUAUGCAUUUUUGUACGGUGUCUUUCCUGUAGCACCAGGAGUGGCUAUCUUUGCAACACAGUUCAACAUGGAAGUAGAGAUUAUAACCUCAGGGAUGGUAAUAAGCACGGUUGUGUCUGCUCCAAUCAUGUAUGUUUCUGCCUGGUUACUGACUUUUCCCACUAUGGACCCAAAGCCAUUGGCAUAUGCCAUCCAGAAUGUUAGUUUUGAUAUAAGUAUUAUCAGCCUAGUCUCCUUGAUUUGGUCUCUGGCUGUUCUUCUUUUGAGUAAGAAGUAUAAACAGCUUCCUCAUAUGCUUACAACUAAUUUACUCAUUGCCCAGUCUAUUGUCUGUGCUGGAAUGAUGAUAUGGAAUUUUGUUAAAGAAAAAAAUUUUGUUGGACAGAUUCUGGUGUUUGUUCUAUUGUAUAGCUCCCUGUAUAGCACGUACCUGUGGACAGGCCUUCUAGCAGUUUCUUUGUUUCUUUUGAAAAAGCGAGAGAUGGUACAAAUUCCUGUGGGAAUCAUCAUCAUAUCUGGCUGGGGAAUUCCUGCCUUCCUUGUUGGUGUUCUUUUGAUAACUGGAAAGCACAAUGGAGAUAGCAUUGACUCAGCGUUCUUUUAUGGGAAAGAGCAGAUGAUCACCACAGCAGUCACCUUGUUCUGUAGCAUUCUGAUAGCCAGCAUAUCGCUCAUGUGCAUGAACCGAACCACCCAAGCCAGACUCUAUGAAGGCUUUGACCAAUCUCAGAACCAUAAAGCAGCAGAGCCUGGAAACACUGCUUCUGAGGAGAGUCCAGUGCCAAUAAGUGAACCAGAACUUUUUACCAGUUCUAUCGCAGAAAGAAGGUACUGUUCCUGCUCCAUGGGAAAUGGUGAAUUGCACUGCCCAUCAGCAGAGCCAGUAGCAGAUACAAGCACGAGUAGGGCCGUGACUCCUUCAUUUGAGAAAAAUGAUCAUUGUGUGAGUCGUUGCAACUCCCCGAGCUGCAUAUUAGCCCAGGAAGAAGAACAGUAUCUACAGAGUGGAGACCAGCAACUGACUCGACAUGUGUUGCUGUGUUUACUUCUCAUUAUUGGCCUGUUUGCUAAUCUUUCCAGUUGUUUAUGGUGGCUAUUCAACCAAGAGCCUGGAAGACUGUAUGUUGAGUUACAGUUUUUCUGUGCGGUGUUUAACUUUGGCCAGGGAUUUAUUUCCUUUGGAAUCUUUGGAUUGGACAAACAUUUAAUCAUCCUACCUUUCAAAAGAAGACUUGAAUUCCUAUGGAACAAUAAAGAAACAACAGAAAACAGGAAUUCUCCUGUUCCUGAGGAAAUAAAAAUGACCUGUCAACAGUUUAUCCAUUACCACCGUGACCUCUGUAUCCGAAACAUUGUUAAGCAAAGAAGGUAUAUCGUUAUUGCUGACUCUCAGGAAGCACAGCUCUUGCCCUUUGCGAGCUGUCAAGCUUCGUCAGUCCCAGAUGGCCAAAUGGGCACUGACCAGUCGUAGUGCUGGCCUGUCCCUGCCCCUUUCCAGGCUCUACAGCCUCAACAGCGUCACUUUCCCUGCCUCUCUGUACAACUCCAUGGGCUCCAUCAGAAAACAAAUAUUAUUCAGUUGGUGCCUGGGAUAGGUUUGGGAUAUAAAUUAAAAAUCAACAAGCAGGAUGAAGGCUCAGAUGCAGGUUGUAAUAUUCAGGCUUUUGCUGAAAGUGAUGUUCGUAGUUUGCAAGCAUAAACUAGGAUAUAUUAUCACUAAGUGAAAUACUGAUUUUAAAAUAUUGUGAUUUUAUGUAUUUGAGAAAAAUUUUCAUGUAUAUUAACUUCUAAAUUUUUAUGAAAUUCUAAUGUAUAUUCAUUUAUGGUUAAAUGUUUUAACAUUUGUGUCACCUAUUUCUCAUUUCAUCUUGAUCUUCACCCACUGUUCUUGUCAAGCAUUUUGUUUUACAGCUUGACUGAUGCUUGUGGACAGAUUCAUGUUUUCUAUUACAUAUUUGUAUGAAAAUGUGAAGAAUUCAUUGUGUUUUUGCAUUUGUCUUUCCCUUAUUUGUUCAUACCUGAGGAACCCUACAUUUGCAUCAGGAAGACAAAUUUUAAAUAAUCAAGAAGUAGAUUCAUAAUCAAAGUACAUUUUAAAAUCUUAGACUUACUGCAAAACAGAUCUCACUUAUUCUUUCCUUGCUUCCUAAUGAAGGCAAAUUCCUGACACACACAUCAGUAUGAUUGUUUUGACUUCAGAGAGCAAGAAGAAAGUCUACUUGUGGGCAUGAUGAUAAGCUGAAAGUGUAAAGUUUGGUUUGAGUAGUUUAAUUAACAAAAAAAUCCCUUCUUAAGAGGUUGUAAAAAUAUUUUUUAAUGUUUCUGAGACAAUUAAAUUACUUAUUAUAACCAAGAGUAUAAGUUAUGUUGUUGUGUGCCGUCGAGUGGAUUCUUACUCCUAGCGACCCUAUAGGUAGGACAGAGUAGGGUUUCCUGGGCUUUAAUCUUUACAAGAGCAGAUCUCCAG